CUGUCACUUUUACGUCACAAAUGUCAAAGCACAUUCGAAUUUCAAAAAUCAAAACACUUAACCGAAGUUGUCCGAUCAGCUGUCCGAUACAAAAGAACUACUGUGUUUCGAGAUUAACUCAAACAAAAUGAGUUUAGUAAGUGCUGUGCUACAAGAAGUUGAUUCUACUAAAAUGAAGGAUUUUCAGAAAUAUAGCGACGAAUUAACACCGAGGCUCAAAGACCUCAUCGAACGUGUGGAAAUAUUAUCAUGGACAUUGCAGCAACAUUUCAUCGAUUCUUACCUCAACUACACCACAACGAAAAGCCUGGAGCAAUUGAAUUAUAAGAAUAGAAAAGGAAACAUCGUCAAUGACUACGCCACUAUCACCGAAGAGUUAAAAUCUUUGCGUGAAAAGUACAAUAUUACUGACGAAGAGUUUAAUGAACGUUGUGAAAAAUUGGACAAAUCCAUGGAUGUUUUAAAUGAAUUUUGUAUUGCAGCUGAAGGUAAGCUCGUGUUGCAGGUAGCAAACCAUGAAUUCAGGAGGUACAAUUACUGUGAAGCUAUGUUAGCCAUUAAAAAGCUUCAAGAUCAGAUCCAGCUGUUAAAUUUUAAGGGUGAUGCGGCUAAAGCUCUGUUAAACUUGAUAGCGCAAGCUGAAAAUCAAUUGUCAUUGUAUACUGCUCAAUUGAGUGUGGAAUGGGAAGAUCUAUUCUCAUGGUCAGAAGUCCGUAGUCUCCAUUUCCUUACUUAUUCAUUGUCUGUGCAACAGAGUGAUCCGAUUAUGCUCCAAAAAGUCCUCAGGACUUUAUAUGCUACUAAAAGGUUAAAUGCAGAGUUAGGUCAGUUUUCCCAUUUCUUCAUAGAUCAGUUAUUACACAAUGUAAUAAGGCAUAACUGUGAGAUAUUUACGGAAGACCAUAUUGGUGCUGUUAUCUUCAAUAUUAAAAUAGAUUUGAGUAACAAGUCUAUACCUAACUAUCAGACGAUAUUCAUCAACCUAACAGCUAUCUUUGAGUUUCUGCAGUCUACUCUGGGCUCUCAAUUGGAAGGCGAGCAAAACUUCAUUGAAAUUUUUGCUAAUUCCAUCAGACAAAAAUUCUUCAAUAAAGUAAUUGACGAUUGCAUCAGAAGCAACUUGCCUUCCUGUAACAGCACUUACGAGAACUACACCAACCUUGUAGUGGAGUUGGAUGCGUUCAACAAAUUUUUAAUAGAGUCUAGAUUUGUAGAAGCCUCAAAAUCCCCGCUGAAUAAAUAUAUUGAUGAUACAGAAUGUGUCCUCUACAAUAAGAAAUGUGACAAACUUCUGAAUGAUGUCCGAAGCUUGUUAAGCCAAAGCCUUUCAUACGGAACUGAGGUGGUUGGAACGGAGGUAGUAAAUGAAAAUGAGUCUAUAUUAGAAGUAACGGAAAAGACUGAGAACACAUGGGAUUUGAACAAGCCUGUGUUCCUACCCAAAUGUGUGAUAUCACAAAACGUGAAGAGGAUUUUGAGGAUGAUUUUGGAGCAUUUAGAGGAGAGCAUCAAAUUGCCAGAGAAAUAUAGCACUCAGUUGGUGUCAUACAUCAAGGAUAUAACAGUAAUGUAUCAAAACAUAGUGCCUAAGAAGUUUAAGAUUAAUUUGGAGUGCUGCCCUCUGGAUAUAGCUCUAUUCUUCAACAACUGCUUCUACCUGGCUCACGGGCUCCUAGGCCCCCCAUGGCGCACCAGCCUGCCCGGUCCGCUGGCUGACCACCUGACCACAACUAUGUUGGUGUGCAUCCAGGACCUGAGGGUGCUCGGCAUGGAGAAGAUAUCCCUGUAUCUGCAGAAACAGAAGAAUGUGAUUACUCAGAGUAUUGAGCCCAGUGAACUGUCACCCUGGUCCAAAACCAGCUACGAGCAAUUCGACACAGCAGUAAACAACACUAUCAUCCUCAUGAAGGAUCUCAAAUGCAGCUGGCAUCACAUCCUACCCACUCGGAUGUACGAGCUGGCCAUGUGCACUCUGGUGCAAGCGUUCUGCCAGUCCGUUUUGCAGAGGAUCUUUGCUGACAGCCGGCCGGUUCAGGAGGACUUAGUUUAUAUGCUGGCGAUGAGGCUGCAGGACUCGGUUGAAGAUAUCAGUGCACUUUUUGAGGAGCCGAUCGAACUCGACAAGAAAAUCAACGUAUGGACGAAGUUCACCAAAAUGCCUCAACUCCUCAAAGCCCAGCUACUAGAGACCGCAGACGGAUGGAAGAACAAUAAAGAGCUGGCCCAGAGUUACUCCUGCGAGGAGGUCAGGCAGAUUACGGCAUUCCUGAUCAUAGCGUUAGUGAUCGUCGUCAAUCAAGGUGGCGCGACGGCACAAUAUGACAUCAUCACGGCAGACCAGAUCGCCGACGAGGCCAAGAACCGAGCGGUCACUAUAAUCGACGGCCCCAAGUACGUAGAACCCCUCAAACAACCCACCAAACAACCCACCAAACCGCCGGUGAACCAGACGCAGCCCGAGCAGCGGCCGCCUAGCAAACCACCUCAUCCGGCACCGGAUAAAAAGAAACAGAACUUCGUGGAACCGCCGCUCAGAUCAUUCCAUCCCAUCCGGCCAAACGGUCCGCCCCCGCGUCAAGUCUAUCAAAAACCCGUGAAUUUCAGACAUACCAACUCCUUGUACAGAGUCAUCCCUCUCCACAGAAACUACCACCAUCCCAAGCAUUCCACCCGCCAACCGCUCGUCUUCGCUGCCUCCACCGGCAGACCCGUCCGCGUUCCGCUAACACCUCCCAAGUUCAGUGUACCCAUCGAAACCAUCAACGGCAUACGAGCCGACGAAGUGCGACCACCGAAGGGCUACGAGCGAAACACCACGACAACUACCACCACAACCACGACCACAACGACCACCCAGAAACCUUUGAGGAACAAAAGAAUCUGGCCCAAAAACUACGAGAAAAAGAACUACAUAUUCCACAACAAAACAGCAGGCAUUGCAGGCAACUUCACAAUACAAACGGAACAUUUGAACAGCACAAGCACUAACAGCACAGACCUAGAGAUUGCAUCCGCGACUCACUACCGCUUUCGAUACAUCACCACAAAUAGAACGGCACACUCGACGACGCCGAGUGUCCCGCUCACGAUCACGCGCGGCUACCGCCGGUUCACCAGGGUGCCUAACCACACUUCCACCACCGCUGCCUACGACACUAACUACACCAGAAUUGAGCCUAACGAUUGGGUGCCCAUAAUACCUUCGCAUUACCCUAACAACAAACCCAAAUAUCUUAAUAACAAUAAGCGCCGGCCCAGGCCAAUAUCCAGGCGAUCCGAUGGCGGUGACGUCGAAUUUACAAGUCCCGAUGGAAACCCCGAUAUCAGUGAGAUAAGACCCAAUGAUAGCAAUAAGCGCACAGUUUACUUUCAACCCUUUGGGCUUGUUCCGGUACCGGCGCAGGGUCAGGGACUUGUUAACGGGAGGAAAAAGAUGGUAAUCUUCCGCAAGCGGAAGCGGCCACUGAACAUGCAUGUCUUUCCUGGUUACAGCCCCAAGCCCGGCGUGCUGCCGCACGCCCCGUACGCUCUGGGGGACCUUCACCCUGACGCCAGCCACCAGCCGCACGUCAUCACGAGGAUCAAGCACCACCAUCACCACCACCACCACAGAUACAUCAAAACCGUCGAGAAACCCAUCAAGGUCCCGUAUAAAGUCGAAGUGCCCAAACCUUACCCAGUCACAGUAGAGAAGAAAGUGCCCGUAGCCGUAGAAAAGAUCAAAAUUGUGGAGAAGCCUGUGCCAUACCCGGUGCAAGUGGAGAAGAGAGUGCCCUACCCGGUUCAAGUGCAAGUGCCCCAUCCCGUUCCAUACAAAGUGAUCGAAAAGGAGUAUGUUCCAAAACCUUAUCCGGUAUAUCAUGAAGUCCCAGUGGUGAAACAUGUGGAAGUAAAGGUUCCGGUUCCUCAGCCCGUACCCGGUACGAUAGUAGAAAAAAGGGUGCCCUACCCUGUACAAGUACAGGUACCAGUGCCAGUCUACCAUCCCUACCCGGUUAACGUGACUGUCGAAAAGAAAGUGCCGUAUCCAGUGCCGGUGAGAGUGCUCGUGCCUCAACCGUACCCGGUCGAAACCCGAGUACCCUACCCGGUAGAAGUAAAAGUGAGGGAACCAGUUGAGGUAGUGAAGCACGUGGCGGUCAAAGUGCCGGUCCCGCAACCGUACCCGGUUAAAGUGCCGGUCGCCGUGCCGGUGGAGAAGAGAGUUCCCUAUCCUGUGGAAGUCGAGAAAAAAGUGCCGGUGCCUUAUAAAGUUAUAGUGCCUCAGAAGGUCGAAGUGGAGAAAAAGGUGCCCAUAUAUGUGCCGCGGCCUUACCCGGUGGAGAAAAAACCGGAUAAAGUGUCUUAUCCCGUUGAGGUGCCGGUGUAUAACCAUAACCAGAACCAGCCUACGUACAUAACUCAGCUGAGCCAACCGUUCCAUUACAACUACAUCUCGGAUAUCGGUUCGUAUACGUCGUUCAGCCCGACGAUGACGGGCAACGACGUGUCGAGCACGCCGCACCACGCGGUGACGGUCCACGGGAACACCGGGUUCGCGGGAUUCCAGUCACGUUCAGACAAGACUGAAACGACGUCAGCAGAGAGUUUCGAGUCCACGGAGACCUCCGGCGUGACCACCAUGACGACCAAACAGGCUGACGUGACGAGUGUUACAAGUGCAACCACCCAUGCCACGACGCAAGCUAGUUAAACAGAUUUGUAGUCAUUUUAAUUUAUCGAAGGGACUCUUAAAAUUAAUUUAUUGUUUAAUAAGUCCAUGAAAAUUACAAAUUCUAUUUGUAAAUGAAGAUGACACGCAAUGGGGCUAAUCAGA